AUGGCUCUGUGUCGGCGCUUUGUCCAAUCGGGAGCUCUCCUCGUCAAAUUGCGUCUCCACGAUGCUUCUUCGAGGUGUUCAUCUAUCGCCGGAAAGUUGGAACAUAAUAGUAGACACAUGUCCGACCUCGCGAGACCUAAUGGCGCGAACCGUGCUUUCCUCGUUGAUACAUUAGCUCUGGUAAGGAGGUUGGAAUCGCAGGACGUGCCUUCAAAGCAAGCCGAGGCAAUCACUCACGCCAUUAUUGCAGUGUUAAACGUUAGUUUAGAGAGCUUGUCUCAUUCCUGUGUCUCAAAGGAGGAAAUGCAGAAGAGUGUAAUGAUUCAAGAGUCGAACCUAUCGAAGUUCAAAGCUGAAGUCAACAGCGCUCAAGUAGCACGCGAAAUGAUUCAAGAAUCCAACCUCUCGAAGUUCCAGAACGAAAUACAGUCAGACUUGUCUAAGUUCCAAACCGACAUAAAGGGCUCUCAGGACGAUCAUUAUGCUACGUUGCAACGCGAAAUUGAGAAGCUUAAAACUCACAUAGACAAAGGGCACAGUGAACUGAGGUAUGAAAUUGACAAGGCAAAUGCUGGUCAGCGGCUGGAUUUAAAUCUCGAACGAGGACGAAUGCGGGACGAGCUAGCCAACCAAAAAGCAGAAACGACCAACCUGACUAACACGCUUGAUCGGGAAAUUCAUGCAGUACGUGCUCAAGUUGAAGCAGCAAAGUACGAUAUCGCCAAAUACUGCAUUGGUACCCUUGCAUCAAUGGCCGCAAUGGGACUUGCAGUCAUCCGCAUAAUGUUGUAG